UACUUGGAACUUGGAAGCUUCCGAAGCUGAGAGCAGCAACGCUUGACCUUUCACUUUUCGAACGAUAGACUUGUCUCAUCUCCCGGUUAUGGCUAUGGCCGGAGAAUCUUCCGGCAAAAAGUGUGGAGACGGCGACGGUAGAGUCGCCGGGAAAAGCCAGCGAAAGGUGGGUCUUAUUUACGACGAGGCGAUGUGCAAACACGACACACCUGACGGCGAGGAUCACCCUGAGUGUCCCGAUCGCAUCAGAGUUAUCUGGGAGAAGCUUCAGCUCGCCGGAGUUUCUCAAAGAUGUGUGCUUCUUGGUAGUAGCAAAGCGGAAGAUAAGCACCUCCAAUUGGUUCACACAAAGGACCAUGUUAAUUUAGUUAAGAGUAUUAGUACAAAACAGAAAGAUUAUCAGCGAAACAGGAUUGCUUCACAGUUGAAUUCGAUUUAUCUGAACAGAGGUUCAUCUGAAGCAGCAUAUCUUGCAGCUGGAUCUGUUGUAAAGGUGGCAGAGAAAGUUGCAGAAGGAGAGUUAGAUUGUGGUUAUGCUAUUGUCAGGCCCCCAGGGCACCAUGCUGAGGCAGAUGAAGCAAUGGGGUUUUGUUUAUUCAACAAUAUAGCCGUCGCUGCUAGUUAUUUACUUAACCAAAGACCGGAUCUAGGGGUCAAAAAAAUUCUGAUCGUUGAUUGGGAUGUCCAUCACGGAAAUGGUACACAGAAGAUGUUCUGGGAAGAUCCUCGUGUGCUAUUUUUCUCUGUUCAUAGGCAUGAGUAUGGGAGUUUCUAUCCAGCGGGUGAUGAUGGAGAUUAUAACAUGGUUGGGGAAGGUCCAGGUGAAGGGUUUAACAUAAAUGUUCCAUGGGAUCAAGGACGAUGCGGAGAUGCAGAUUAUCUUGCUGCAUGGGACCAUAUCUUGAUUCCUGUGGCUAGGGAAUUUAACCCGGAUAUUAUUCUGCUUUCAGCUGGAUUUGAUGCAGCUAUUGGUGAUCCGCUCGGGGGUUGUCGUGUGACCCCAUAUGCAUACUCAGUUAUGUUGAAGAAGCUGAUGGAGUUUGCACAUGGAAAGAUUGUGAUGGCGUUAGAGGGAGGGUACAAUCUUGACUCAAUUGCAAAGUCAUCACUUGCAUGUGUCCAAGUUUUGCUUGGAGACAAACAAAUUCAUGGUUCUUCUGAAGCAUACCCAUUCGAGUCUACAUGGCGUGUCAUACAAGCGGUACGCAAGAGGCUAUGCGCAUAUUGGCCUUCACUUGCAGAUGAAUUAUCGUGGAAGCUGAUUAAUCAGAAAACUCCUACUCCAAUUAUCCUUAUCUCAAGCUCCGACUCUGAUAAUGAAGACGACGCCCAUGGACUCCUGGAUCAAAUGUCGAAACUCAACAUAGAAAACCACCAAGGUACACUACUUGAAAACCACCAAGUAGAUACUGCAUCUACAUCUUGGAGAGCUGAUCUCGCAAAUGUUGACGUUUGGUAUGCCUCUUUUGGAUCCAACAUGUGGAAACCAAGGUUUCUUUGCUAUAUUCAAGGGGGACAGGUCGAUGGAAUGAAAAAGACAUGUGUUGGCUCAAUGGAUAAAAGUCCACCAAAGGAAAUAGUGUGGGAAACAUUUCCACAUAGAUUGUUCUUUGGCCGUGAAUCUUCAGUUGGUUGGGGUGUAGGAGGAGUUGCUUUCACCAACCCCCUUGCUAAUCUCAUUGAUCAAACUCACAUGUGUUUGUACCGAAUCACGCUUGAGCAGUUCAACGACGUUCUGUCUCAAGAAAAUGGCUUGAAUGUAGAUUCAGAUUCUCCGGUCUUUGAUCUAGCUUCUUUGCAGUUAGUAGAGAACAAAGGAUCCAUUUUAGAAGCUGCUUUGAAUAGUUGGUAUGGAAAUGUUGUCUGCUUGGGGAAAGAACACGACAUUCCUAUCCUUACAAUGACUUGCACGCUUUCUGCUGUUGAGAAGUUCAAAUCCGGUGAGAUCCCUCUAAGACCUCCUGCAAAAGCCUAUGCCAACACUUUAAUAAGAGGACUUGUGGAAGGAGGAAGAUUCUCUAAAGAAGAAGCUGAGGCUUACAUAGACAAUGCUGUGUCUAAACCUCUCUAGUGUAUUAUUUACUCAGAAACCGCCCUUUUGAUCACGAUAUGGAGCUUUGGGUUUCUGAGUUAUUCAAUUAGGAUUAAAACCACAGGUUAAGAAAUAUUGGGAGACUUUUGAAUUUGUCUUUUGAAAGAGAGGAUUGUGUCAUCUUUUAGCUGUGUUGUGCUUCGAGUUUGCUCCCUAAGCAAACACUCUAAGUCUCUUAUGUAUCUCAGUUAUCUUCGGCUUUAGGGUUUACCGAGAAGCUGUAUUCGGUCUAGUUUAUGGUUUGUGUAGGCCCCGGUUCUUGUUUGCCGGUUCAGAUUGCAUAUUAAUUUCUGAAAUUCGGCUUUGUAUUGAUGUUUGUUUGGUUGUUUUAUGGAAUUCUUGUUUUCCCAA